UUGAUUAAUAUAUAGAAUGGUUCAAAUGUUUGAUUGUGCAGUUAUUUUGACUAUAAAAUAAAUGUGUAUAUAUGUAUGUAUGUAUCUAUUACAGAGGAUGUCCAUCUGGUUGUUGAGGAGAGGAACUCCUAAUUAUAAGUUGAAAGACGAUGAAUUAGAGGCGAAAAUAACGAAAUGUUCGGAAUCUUUGUGGAAGCUUACGUAUUACGUUACUGUUGAAUAUUGCAUUUUGGCAACUGCAUACCAAGAACCAUGGUUCGCAGACGUAAAGCAGUAUUUUAGAGGCUGGCCUAACCAAGAGCUCAAGCUUCCGUUGAAGCUAAUCUACAUGUGCCAGUGCGGGUUCUAUAUCUAUAGCAUUGGUGCACUCCUCAUGUGGGAGACGCGUCGCAAGGAUUUUACUAUAAUGAUGUCUCAUCAUUUCGUCACCGUCGUCCUCAUUUUGUUUUCGUGUUUCGCACGGUUGUUUCGAAUAGGGGCGGUUAUCCUUGCGCUGCACGAUGCGAGUGACGUGUUCCUCGAAGCUGCAAAGGUUUUCAAGUACUCAGGGAAAGAGGUCGGAGCUAGUGUGUGCUUCGGGUUUUUCGCCUUGUCUUGGCUUCUUCUUAGGCUUGUUUUUUUCCCCUUUUGGGUUAUAAGAUCUUCAAGCUACCACUCAUGUGAAGUGAUGAAGCUAUCAGAGCCGUUCAUUAUGGGAGUAUACUACACCUUCAAUACAAUGUUGGUCACCCUGCUUGUUUUUCAUGUUUACUGGUGGAAAUUAAUCUGUGCUAUGAUUUUAAGACAGCUGAAAAGUAGUGGCAAAGUUGGGGAAGAUAUAAGAUCAGAUUCGGAAGAGGACGAGUAGGUGGACGAUUAUAUCCUUGGAUAAGCGGUUUUUGGUGUCGAAAUUUGGCUUUGAUUUCUUGUAAAGACUGCAAGUUUAAUUUAUCCAUUUCGUUUUCGUAAUUUUUGUUUUGAUUACUAAUGCAUUGAAAAGUUAUUUGUUU